CUAAGAGCUUUAUAUCAAAAAGAGUAGCUGAAUAAUUUAAAAAAAUAUUAUUCUACCAAACAGACCCAAAGAAUUGCAUUCUUACCAAAAAAUGCUUAUGCACAGAUGCACAAAUUUGGGAAUGAAGGAAUUGGACAUAAUUUUGGGGAGAUGGUCUUAGGAAUUUGUGCCAAAGAUGAGUUAUGAAGAAUUAAAUUAGAUGGAGUCUGAAAUCUUAGAUCUUGAUACGAUCGAUAUUUAUAAUCUACUACUCUAGGUGAAAGUGGCUGACGAAUUGAAACCUUUAGAACAAUUGAAAUAUGUACAAGAAAUCAGAAAUUAUGCACUGAAAGGUUUGAUAUGA